AGUCAGCACCACGACAACCGCGGGUUUAGGUACCGCCCGGCUCUCAGCGAGAUCCUUUUGGCCCGGAGAUCCAGAGCUAGCAAGGCAACACGAGCUCGUUGAGAGCCGUGGGACAGAGGAAGAAGCAAAGCUUGGCGGAAUUGACUCAUGCAUUGGACGAGGGCGUGGAGUUUAUUAAGCCCCAGGAAUUCCACUUCUCCUCCCUCCUCCCAACAGACAGCCGACAGCAUCAAUUCUUUCUUCUCCUUCUUCAGGGCAUCAAGCUUCACUACAUUUCCCAUACCUGCUUUGUUAAUCCUCCCUCUUCACUACAGACAUGACUACCUACUACAUCGAGAACAAGACCGUCGGUGACCGGACCGCCUCCGAAGACUUGAGGGUCCACGGCUACAACCCUCUCACCCCGCCGAACCUCCUCCAACAUGAAGUCCCCCAGACGGAGAAGUCCAAAGUGACGGUCCUCAAGGCGCGCGAUGACGCCGUCUCGAUCCUGCACGGCAAAGAUCCGCUCAAUCGUCUCCUCGUCGUCGUCGGCCCGUGCUCCCUCCACGACACCGAAGCGGCAAUGGACUACGCCAAGCGCUUGAUAGCGCUCAAGACGAAAUACCAGGACGACCUGCUGAUCGUGAUGCGUGCCUACCUCGAAAAGCCCCGCACAACCGUCGGCUGGAAGGGCCUCAUCAACGACCCCGAUAUCGACGGGAGCUUCAAGAUCAACAAGGGACUGAAGGUGUCGAGGCAGCUGUUUGUCGACCUCACGGAUCUCGGCAUGCCGCUGGCGAGUGAGAUGCUGGAUACUAUCAGCCCGCAGUUUUUGGCGGAUUGCUUGAGUAUUGGUGCGAUUGGCGCGAGGACUACCGAGAGCCAGCUGCAUAGAGAGCUGGCGAGUGGACUGUCGUUCCCUGUGGGAUUCAAGAAUGGAACCGACGGGACGCUCGGUGUGGCGGUUGAUGCUAUUGGAGCUGCCUCGCACCCCCACCACUUCCUGUCGGUGACGAAGCCUGGUGUCGUCGCCAUUGUCGGAACCGCCGGAAACGAGGAUUGCUUCAUCAUCCUGCGUGGAGGAAAGGCGGGCACCAACUACGACGCGGACUCGAUCAAGGCAGCAAAGGAGACCUUGCGCAAGUCGAAGACUCAGGACCGUCUCAUGGUUGACUGCUCUCACGGUAUUCCCAAUCCUUCCAAUAGCAAAACGAGACGUGCUAACGAGGAAACAGGCAACUCCAGCAAGGACCAUAGGAACCAGCCCAAGGUCGCCGCGAACGUCGCCGAGCAGAUCGCCAACGGCGAGGAGAACAUCAUGGGCGUGAUGAUCGAGUCGCACAUCAACGAAGGCAACCAGAAGGUCCCCGUCGAGGGCAAGAGCGCGCUCAAGUAUGGUGUCAGCAUCACUGAUGCAUGCAUCAACUUCGAGGAUACUGAGGCCGUCAUUGAGAACCUCGCUGCUGCUGUGCGCAAGCGCAGGGAAUCCAAGGGUACGGCGAAGCUCAACGGGUCCGAAUAG